AGCUAUUAUCUGAAUAUGAUUAGUCCAUUGAGUAGGCCGCGUCUAGAGCAACUAGCGUCUGCUGCUGUCUGUGGUGGAACGGUGCAACAUGUUCAGAAGCUUAUGGAUCAGUUUUUGAACUUCAUAUCAUUGGAAGACGACUUAUUUGUACUGCGACGAUAUAACGACAACAGUCCUUUUUCAUUUUAUGCAAUAAGCGAUCCUGCAGUGACUCCGCAACAAAUGGAAGUUCUCAUUGAUACUGUUGUUGAUGGCUUAUUUUCGGUAUGUGCGACACUGGGUGUAGUGCCUAUUAUACGUUGUCUGAAGGAUAAUGCUGCUGAACAAGUUGCUGUGCGUUUAGACCAGAAGUUACGUGAUAAUUUCCGUGAUGCUCGUAACAAUUUAUUUGUACAAGAUAGUGUUCGCGCUGGGCGAUUGAUUAUUCAUCGGCCUGUUUUAAUCAUUGCCGAUCGUGGCAUGGACAUUGCAACAAUGCUUCGUCAUACAUGGACUUAUCAAGCUCUUAUACAUGAUUUGUUAGAUUUGGAUCUGAAUCGUGUCAUCAUUAAAGAUAAAACUGGGAGAAGGAAGGAAUAUGACAUGAAUUCGCGUGACAAGCUGUGGAUGGGGCAUAAAGGAAGCGCUUUCCCAUUGGUGGCCGAAGCAAUACAGGAAGAAGUUGAGGCUUAUAAAAAUAGCGAAGAUGAAAUCAAACGUCUGAAGCAUGCUAUGGGUAUGGAUGAUUUGGAAUCUGACGAAACCGUUAGUUUGUUGAGCGAUGCAACAGCUAAAUUGACCUCUACAGUUGGCUCGCUUCCGGAACUACUAGAAAAGAAACGUUUAAUCGAUUUGCAUACAACCGUUGCAACCACAAUUCUUGAUCAGAUCAAACAGCGGAAGCUUGACGUUCUUUUUGAGGCCGAAGAGAAGAUAAUGAAUGGAUUAUUGAGCGAUGCAAGUGUUAUAGAACUGAUGCGUCAGUGUAGUGUACACGAGGAUACUUUGCGAGUUAUGUUGAUCAAUUAUCUUUGUUCCUCUAAUACCACUCAGAAUGAACUAAGAGAACAGGCUGAUUAUUUGAAAGAAGUUGGCUUGGAUGAUGCAGCUGUCAAAUAUGUUAAACAAUUGAGAUCAAUAUCAAAUAUGAGCCUGAAUCGUGUAACAAACGAUUAUUCGGGCGGUGGUAUUAAAACUGAUAAUAUGUUUGCAAAUUUGCUUAAUCGCGGCUCACAGUUAUUUAUGGAAGGAGUGAAGAACCUUGUUCCAAAAAAGCACAAUCUCCCGCUGACAAAAAUGGUUGAUUCAAUUCUUACGGGUAAUUUUCAAUCCAAUCCACGGUGUAAUGACGCGGAAUUUCGAUAUUACGAUCCGAAGUUGAUGCAUUCCACUGGCAAAGAGCCUCAGCGUGCGCGUGGUAAUCCACCACAGGACGUUAUAGUUUUUGUUAUCGGUGGUGGAAAUUAUGUAGAAUAUCAAAAUCUUGUGGAUUAUGGUAAAUCAAAAGGUCUUGCAAGGAUAACAUAUGGUUGCACGGAACUAGUCAAUCCGAAACAAUUUGUCGAGCAGUUGACUCGUCUUGGUCGAGAAAUGUCAUAACGAAAAUGUAGACGGUCACAAAUGGAAGCACUCAGCACUAUUUUGAAAACGCUGAAAUUUCUGGAACAUCUACUUCUCGCUCAGUUUUGCCCUAAAAAUAGUUGAAAUCCUGAUAUUGCAAACUCUGAUGUCUAUUACAAUGCCUUCCUUAGGUUUAUAUUGAUAUUAAUGAAUACUUCCAGAUGUUGCUCCAUUUUAUUAAUUCUAAAUUGUAAAUUUGGCAUAUGGUAAGGAAAGAUGAUGGGAUAAUAACAACAUAAAAACAAAAGUAGAAGCUUGCUUGAAUAUAUGACAUGAUCUAUUCGAC